GCAUAUUCAUCCAAGCCGGUCCAGCGUCGGUGCAACCAGUGCGAGUUGCACUAUUCCCUCACAGUGGCGAAGCGCACUCAGCGUGGCAGUGAAAUCGUAGAACUUCACGCAAACCAAAACGCUUCCCCACCGGACCCUCAUGACGAUUCUGUCAGUGGUUUCUGAUAAAAACGAGUACCCGCGGCCUGUGCUCGGUACCAUAUUCGUCUCCAGCUGGGGGUUCCGCGGUUCGUUCGUGCGCACCCUCCAUUGCAGUUUGUAAUGUGUUUGUGAUUAGCCGCUGCACGACCACCACCAGUUAAGUGGCACGAGGGUGGCACAUUUUUCGUACCGAAUAUAACUGUGACUCGGGUGCGACGGGACUGUCGCGGACUUUUACGCACCGCCGUUUUACUUUCCAGCGGUCUUCCGUUCUGACGUGACGGUUUGACGAUUGUUUCGGGCGUGUGUACAUACAGCGACACUGUUGGAGGGCCCCCGCCUUUUUACGUUCGCCAGCGCGCAACCAAUCGAUAUUCGUGUUUACACCAAAAAUGUCUGCCGAAGAGUUGAAGCUGUUGGACGAGAUGUUCGAGAACUGCGAGUAUCAGGACUCGCUGGACAUGAUCGAGAAGCUGGCGGACCGGGAUAGUUGUGAGGUGAAGUGGCGCCUGGCAAGGACCGUGUUCUUCCUGUCCAAACAAUCCACCGCUGACGACGAGAAGGCAGCGCUCUGCCGGCAAGCGUUCGAGCAUGCGACGGCCGCCCUGGCCACGGACGGGGACAACUUCGGCGCCAACAAGUGGUACGGUGCGAUACUGUCCGAGAAGGCGGCACUGGACGGUGUGACCGAGCGCAUUAAGCAGCUGGAAAACGUACAGAAACACUUCCAGCGUGCGGUAAGCCUGAACGGGACGUCCGACCCAGGCAUUUGGCACAUGCUCGGCCAGUUCAACUACAAACUGUCGGAGGUGAAUUGGAUCACGCGCAAGCUUAUCAAUUCGGUUGCACCGAACCCACCGACCGCCUCGUACGCGGAGGCCCUGGAAUGCUUCAGCAAGGCCGAAACGAUCAAGCCGAACUUUUACGCCCUGAACCUGCUGUACCUUGGCAAGUGCCAUCUGGCGCUGAAGCAACCGAGCGAGGCGAAACCGUGGCUCGAGCGUGCCGCUGCCGUGGAUGUACGGUGCGAGGACGACCGGAUCUGCCGUGAAGAGGCCACCGAACUGUUGAAGAAACUGUAGAAAAAGCGGUGUGCCGGUUCGGUCCGGGCUGGUCUGCUGGUGCAUUGCACCGGUGCACCGGCAGGACGAUUCUUGAUGUACGCUUAGAAGUGAGUUGAACAGUGACAAGGUAAUGUGUUAAGUGUUGCGUGCGUACGGACUUGUUUUUGGUUUUAGAAAUCGAUCACACGCAAUGACGAUCACGGCAGGAGUGUACAAAGGUAACAGAGUUUUUUUUUUAUUACAAAAAGGCAUGUUUGUUAACGGAUUCAAAUAAAAUGCAGCAUGUGCAACAAACUAA